UGUGUCUGUGGGGGAGGGGUAUUGGCUGGGGUGGAACAGUCCUGUAAUGAGCAGAUUUUAGAGAGGGAGAGAUUGAAAGGCGGAAAAGCGAGAGAGGGCAGAUGACUUGGUGGGAUUUUACAGCAACAAUUCUGAUUCAGGUGAUCUUUGGGAUGGAGAGGACGGAAGGGAAAGGAGAGGAAUAAUUCCUGCUUCUGCAUCCUCAUCCUCAGCUGCGCAUCUUUAGAUCACAGCCGAGCAGGAAGGAGGAAAAGGGAGGAAGAGGGAUUCACACUCCGUUAUUUCUGCUGAGCACAGCAGCACCCCUGUCCUGUAUCCAGCUCAGUGCGGCAGGGAUGUGAGGAUGCUCUAACGUGUGACUGAGGCGAGCUCAUUCGCUGCUGCCGCUCUGUGGGCCUGUAGGACUGUCUGGAAAAGCCUAGGCCUCGCUUGUCUGGAGUGUCCCGCAACUCAGCCUAGGAGCAGGAAGGUGGAGGAGGAAGUUGGGGAGGAGGAGGAGGAGGAGGAGAAGCUCUCUGAGCCUAUGUGCCAAUGGGAAGCAGCAUGCACGGAGGCUGCGUUCAUCACUUCAAGCCUUUUGCAGAAGCUUGGGUUGUUCCUCUGUUGCGAGGUAAUAUUCUUCAGGUUUCAGCUCUCUGAUUUUUUAAAGAAAGAGCAGUUAUUUUUUUUACAUCCUGAACUUAGAGGAGUAGGAGAGGCGAGGCCCUGCACCUCCAUGCUACCUGGUCCGGCUGAGGCCUACUCCUUCCUCCUAAGUGAAGCACGCCUGAUUUCAUUUUUCUGACAUUCUAAGGAUUUGCCUAAACCUGUUUCAUGCAUGUCCACUGGAGGCAGGUUUGACUUUGAUGAUGGGGGGUCGUACUGCGGGGGGUGGGAGCAGGGGAAAGCCCACGGACGAGGGGUCUGCACUGGGCCCCAGGGUCAGGGUGAGUACGCCGGGGCCUGGAGCCACGGCUUCGAGGUUCUGGGUGUGUACACGUGGCCCAGCGGGAACAGCUACCAGGGCACCUGGGCACAGGGUAAGCGGCACGGCAUCGGGAUUGAGAGCAAGGGCCGCUGGGAGUACAGAGGGGAGUGGACACAGGGCUUCAAGGGCCACUACGGGCAGCUGGAGAGCACAGCCAGCGGGGCCCGGUAUGAGGGGACAUGGAGCAACGGGCUGCAGGACGGGUACGGCGCUGAAACCUAUUCUGAUGGAGGGACCUACCAAGGCCAGUGGCUGGCAGGGAUGCGUCAUGGUUAUGGCGUACGGCAGAGCGUCCCCUAUGGCAUGGCAGCCGUCAUCCUCUUCCCUCUGCGGACUUCUAUAAACUCCCUGCGUUCCGAGCACAGCCAUGGCCCACCGGCUGUGCUAGAGGACGGGGUUGCCACCACGCCCACGGACGGGGUGGUUGCCGGGCUGGCGGGUAGCCCAGUGGGCCGAGGCGGUUUUGCUUUGAUGGCUCCGAGUGAGGCUGAGCGGCAGAGGAAGAGAAAGGGUCGCUUCCGUCAGUCCAUCCUCAGUGGACUGAAGCUUCGGCGCUCUGAGUCCAAAAGCUCUCUGGCCAGUCAGCUCAGCAAGCAGAGUUCUUUCUGUAGUGAGGCUGGCAUGAGCACCGUCAGCUCUGCUGCAUCUGAUAUCCACUCCAACAACAGUGAGAAUGAGCAGGGCGCCCCCGUGGAUGCCACUGUGACUGAAAUGUAUGCCGGAGAGUGGCGAAGUGAUCAAAGGGCCGGCUGGGGCGUGAGCCGGCGCUCAGACGGGCUUCAUUACGCAGGUGAAUGGGCAGGUAACAAGAGACAUGGGUAUGGAUGCACCACCUUUCCUGAUGGCACAAAGGAGGAAGGAAAGUACAAGCAGAAUGUGCUGGUGAGCGGUAAACGCAAGAACCUGAUCCCACUGAGGGCCAGUAAGAUCAGAGAGAAGGUAGACCGAGCAGUGGAGGCUGCUGAGAAGGCAGCAGACAUCUCCAAACAGAAAGCAGAGAUUGCACUGUCACGGAUGAGCCAUGCUCGUGGGAAGGCUGAGGCUGCUGAACGAGUGGCUCAGAAAUCCAUGGAGGAGUGUCGACUGGCUCGGAUAGCUGCCAAAGAGCUCUCGCCCUCCUUUCACAUCUAUGGAAAUGGGCUCGAAUGUCAGUCGCCCAAACACCAGGAUGCCAAGGACAAAGACCAUGAGGUCAUCUCCACAGGAACAGAGAGUCCUGAGCUGUGCACUCCGGGCACCACGCCGCCUGUGAUAACGCCUGAUCUCAGCCCGGUGCUGAGCGUUCCUACCUCGCCCCCUCACACACCGCCAAAACACACCCAUCGGCCCAGAAACGCUUGCUUUAUGCGACAGAGUGCCGUGGACGAUCAGGGCGGGGCUGAAAUUCAGGUGUUGGUGGAGGGGCGGGGGAUGGAUCUGCCAAGAUCCGGUGCCAACAAUUGGCCUGAUGAUAUGUAUCCAGACCAAGGAGGCAGCAGCCGUUCCACCACACCUUCGCUUCUUGAGGAGCAGGAGGGCCAGACCAACGGCUAUGAGCAAACCCCUUUGUCCAACCACAAACUGCGGGAGAAAUCCUCGACCAAUCACAAGUCCUGGGAGCACGCCUCCUCCCACAGAACGUGGGAGCACUCCUUGUCCAACCAAAAGCCGUCCAAGCAUGCCACCUCCAAUCACAAGUCAAGGAACUACCUGUCCUCCAAUCACAAAAAAUCGGAUCAUUCUUCCACCAAUCACAAGGCCUUUGAGCAUGCCUCUUCCAACUACAAGCCGCAGGUGCACAUUUUAUCCAAUCACAAAACUUUGGAACAUAACGUGUCCAAUCACAAGACUUCUGAGCAUGCUUCUUCCAAUCACAAGCUUCAGGAUUUUAGCAACUCCAAUCACAGUGGGAAGGACCACAUUUCUUCCAGUUACAAUGCUCGAGAGCAUGUCUACUCCAACCACCAUCCAAAGCAGCACAACCCCUCCAACCACAAGAUUAAUGAGCAUGUAGUAAUUGACCAAAGGCUAGAUGGCCUCACUGGAGCGUGGACUCCAGAAAGCACCCUCCGUUGGAGCCCUGCCCACUCACGCCUCACGGCGCAGGAUGAGGAGAGGACCAAUGACUAUACAGUUGACAUGAGGCUCCAUUGUCCAGAUUCGCAGACAACUCAAGGGUUGGGUCAGGAGUCCCCCACCCAAAAACACAGCAGGCUGCGAUCCCGAGGCCUUCGGCCAGUCCGGGAAGGAUCCGUGGAUUCAGUACAGAUGCUGGACAACCUGAAUGUGGGGGCAGAGCUGGAGGAGAGGCCGCUGCACAGGGACCUCACCCUCUCCCCACCCCUAAAAUCUCAACCCAUCACUCUGGAGCAGGAAGGAGAGCUUCUCACCCUCCAAACAAACUCAGGCUCCAGCUCUGUUCUGGUGGUUAUGGUCAUUUUACUCAAUAUUGGAGUAGCCAUCCUUUUCAUUCACUUCUUUAUUUAAGCUUAUACAUGUAUUAUCUACAAAGACAUAUUGAUAUAUUAUAUUAAUAACAACUGAGAUGGACGUCUUCAACUGGAGCCUGCAGCCUGAGUGAUGGACACAGCAGAACCUUUCUAUUGUUGCUACUGGUACUUUUGCUUCGGUUGAAGCCUGUUUCAGUUUCUACAAAAAACAUCUUUUGUUUCUAAUUACUUCUUUUCUGCUUGCAACAUACGAGCAAAGACGUUUGUGAGUGGGAAACGGUAAAGAGAGCAGCUUUAAUCAGGACACACAAGCAUGGGUGUCCAUCACCGACAGAGUGAAGACGGCACAGGCAGCGUUCUACCAACCGUUAUAGCAAACCCUUGUUUCCUGGUUGUCAUGGAGAUCAUGUUAGCCAAGAGCAUGGCGCACACUCCAUCCCAACCCCCCCUUUUGACUUUAAACCCUCCCUCCUUUCAGUCUCUAUUGGCACUAUGCGCUACAUACAAAACUAUGCUGCAAGAGUAGAUCCAUUUUAAGGGCUCUGUCAUGAUUUUUAUUUAUUUAAACAUUCAUUUACGUUUGUUUCCACUAUAAACUUACACAAACGUGCACACAUGCGUUGCAUGAGGCUGUGUGAAGUUUGAAGAAGUGCAUUUUCUAUCCCUUUAACAACUUGGUUCUGUCCUGGUUUGUAUGCACUCCAUCCUGAAGAUGAUCAGCGCCGCGCCACCUCACCUCCAAACAGAUCCAUUGUCACACACCUGAAUUUAUAAAAAUUCACACAUUCGCACGCAGAAAAUUAAACACACAAAGUAACCGCUGAUAUGCUGAGGAGGAUUCAGCCUUGCCCCUUUGUACAGCCUUGAGACUGUUACGUUAUAACCACUAAUUAUAUAUGUCGAUGUGUCAUAAUUAUUAUUCAAGGUUUGUAACAUUUUGUAGUUUGCAAGACAGAGAGAAUGCUGAGUGCCUCGUAUUUAUUCAUUUAUUUCCCCUAAAACUUUAUUUUACCACCCCUGAGAAACACCCAUGGGUGGGUUAAGAGGAGAAGAUUAAGACCUCACCUCUUCACCUCCCCCUUCACUCUGAAUUGGCAUGCACUGUUUGGUCCCUCUCCUAGUUCCCCUUUUGGACCAGUCACAAAGGGAACACAACCGGGUUUCUACCGUGUCGUUUUUCGGACACUUUUUGGGCCGGAUGAGAUUUUUAUUUGUGGGUUUUUUUCAGCAUGUUUGUUUAGCCUGCUCAAUCUGGUGUCGGUUCGUGAGUUUCUCCCUUUCGUGUCUUAUCCAGCAACACGAGGCUACAUGAGACAUGGAGAGCAGUGUAAAAUAAACGCUAGCUUUUACCUCUCAGUGGACAGCAAGAUGUCCCUGAGUCUAUGAAUGAAAACAAACUCUCUGCUACUGUAUGUUUUAUACUUCGCACCCAGUGGCAUCAUCAUGUUGUGACAUCAUUGCAUGCCCGAGCAUGCUCUUUCUUACUCUUUGGUUUAUGAGGUUGUUUCGAAAUUAAUGUGGAGAAAAUAAUGAAAUGUUUGAAAUUA